AUGUCAGACUACCAGAAUUUCACCAUGGAGAAUGCAUUGCAGUCCUCCAUGAAUGACACCAAAGCCCUGAAUGACAAUGACAGAUCAGAACCAUUAGAGACAAUCAAGGACGCAGAACUUCUACACCAAAAUGUUCCCACUAUCUCAAGCAGUACACCACUGGCGGUUGGGAGUCGUGUGCGGCUGUACUCAGAGUCUCAGGUUUACACCGUCAGCCGAUGGGAAGACACAGAAUCUCAGGAUGGAGGUUCAGCGGAGGAGGGUGCAGGGGCUGGAGACGGGGUCCCGUUCCGUGGUCGAUCACAGUCUGCUCCCGCUGCACUCUGGGCGGCAAAAAAAUACGGGCGACAGCUGAGGAGAAUGAGUGACGAAUUCGACACAUGGCUGGACAAAGGGGAGCUGAAAAGAGUGAACAGCCCAGGAGGAAGAGCCGGCCAAAAGAAGGCAACCCGCGGAUGGUUCUCCUUCCUCUGGAGUCCAAAGGAGGAGGAGGGCCGAGAAUGA